CUCGCACCUGAGCCCAGCUUCCACCUCUUCAGCAGCAGCAGUACACUCUUCAGCACCGACCACGACCAUGCCCGCCAUCAUCCACGUCGUGCUCCUCAAGUUCAACGACCAGCUCCCGGCCGACUUCAUCGAGGGCACUCUGCGACCCGAGGGCCUCAAGAUGGUCGGCAAGAUCCCCGGCUUGAAGCGUGUCGAGCUCAACAAGCCUCUCGAGAGCACCAAGGCCCGCAGCCAGGGCUGGCAGGCGAUGCUCUACUCGGAGAUGGAGUCGGAGGAGGCGCUUUCGACUUACAUCGCCCACGAGGUGCACGAGGACUUCAAGACGCUCUUCAAACCUUACGUCGCCGACGUGCUCGCGUACGACAUGGAGGUCUGAGAGCGAGGCGAGCGUGGAAUGCGACGCAAAGCAGUCGAACUC